ACUAUUAUAAUUAAAUGACUUUUAUAAAAUUAAAUCAAAUAAUUAUUUGAACUUUGAUAAAGAAAUGGAGAACUAAUAACAUAGAAUACAAAACAUACACUGUUCAUGUUCCAGAUUUAAAAUGUACUGGUUGGCGUAAAAAAUUGUAUAAUAAAAUAGUCGAAAAUGAAAAACCUACAGGAACUUAUUUAUUUGUUAAUCGAUACAAAAAUAUCAAAGUUAACAUGUUUUAUGUGUUUCAAAAAACACGAAAAAAUUAUGAAUAUUUGUGAAUAUGUUCAUAUUGAUUGUGGAUGGUUUGCUACCACAUUGAGUUUAAAAGCUUUAACAGAUUACAUUUUUCCCCUGCAAAAUAUGAUACUCACACAAGCUUGUAAUCCUUGCAUAGAUAUGCUUAUAAGUACUUACAUUACAAUAAGAAAAAAGGAAUAUGUGGAAAAAUAUCUGACUCUUCUAAUAAAUAAGAUUAAUGAACAAUUAUUAUUCAGGCCUAUACCCAAUCAGAAAUUAUAUAUUGAGACUGAAUUGAAAAACAACUUUAAAGUUAAAUGUAGUGAAGGUCCUGUAAAUAUUGACAAUAUUCAAGAUUUUAAUGAAUCAAAUGAAAUAGAAGAAGGAGCAAGUUGCCCUAAAUGUUAUAAAUAUAUACAGAAAAAUCAAUUAAAAUCUCACAUGCGGCUACACAAGCAUAGGCAAAGAAAGACUUAUAGUUGUGAUAUUUGUGACUAUAAAACUAAAUGUAAAACAACAUUAGAGGGCCAUAAAAAUAAUAAACAUUAUCAAAAACGACCACACAAAUGCAGCACUUGUGAGAAAAGUUUUUACACUAAAAGUGCCCUAGCCGAACAUAUUAAAACACACAGACAAACAAAAGAUAUUAUUUGUGAGAUAUGUGGAGAUAGUUUUUAUCAUAGCAAAAGUUUGAAAGAUCAUUUAAAACUACAUUUAAAUGAUAAAACAUAUGAAUGUUACGUUUGUAACCAUAGAUUUGUAAAUCUUAGUAGAGUAAAUAAUCAUAUGAAACAAAAACAUGGUGAGAAGAAAGAGUUCUGUGUUGUCUGUGGUAAGAGGUUUGUAUUUAAAAAAGAUAUGAGAAGGCACAUGAAGUUAGUGCAUAAGCAAAUGGAUUUAAAUGUGGAAUCAAUUCAAAAUAGUACGUGCAAUAAAACUGUAUCAGAAUUGCAUCAAUAAUUAUAUAGGU